GUGGCAAAGGAGGGAAAAAGAAGAAAAACAAAAAUACUGCCAAGCCCCAGAAAAAUAAUGGUUCCAACUGGGCCAGUGUUCCACUCCCACCCCCUCCCGUUCAGCCACUUCCAGGCACAGAGCUGGAACACUACGGGGUGGAUCAGCAAGAAGCAGGAUAUGACAGUGAUGGUUGGUGCCCGCCUUUGCCAGUUCAGACCUACCUACAUCAGGGCAUGGAAGAUGAGCUUGAAGAAGACGAUGAUCGUGUUCCCACACCUCCUGUCCGAGGAGUAGCUUCAUCACCUGCGAUCUCCUUUGGGCAACAGUCAACUGCAACCCUAACGCCUUCUCCACGAGAGGAGAUGCAGCCAAUGCUUCAAGCUCACCUUGAUGAAUUAACUAGGGCUUACCAGUUCGAUAUAGCAAAGCAAACAUGGCACAUCCAAAGCAAUACACAACCUCCUCAGGCUCCAGUUCCUCCCCUAGGAUAUGUAUCUGGAAACCUUAUUUCAGAUUUGGAAACAGAUGUUCCAGAUGAUGAUGAUGAUGAUGAGGAUGAUAUUGAAGAGGAAACUGUAGAAAUCAGUAGGCCGCUGAGAGGUCUAGAGCAUACUCCAGGCUCCAGUAUGGACAAUCUAGACAGCUCUGUGACAGGCAAAGCGUAUCAUUCCUCUCAGAGACCUCGGCCGAGCAGUCCUUUUUCUACUGACAGCAACACCAGUGCAGCUGUCAAUCAGAGCCAGAGGCUGAGGCCCACUAAAAAACACAAGGGAGGACGGUUGGACCAACCCUCCUUGCCUCAUCGUAGGGAGGGAAUAACAGACGAAGAGGCACUCGUACCAUACAGUAAACCCAGCUUCCCAUCCCCUGGCGGCCACAGCUCUUCAGGAACAGCUUCUUCUAAGGGAUCGACCGGACCUAGAAAAGGUGAAGUCUUGCGAGUAGGUCACCAACGCAAUGCCAGUGACCUUCUCGAUGUGGGCUAUGUGGGAUCAAACAGUCAAGGACAGUUUACUGGUGAAUUAU